UAGUGUCCACUACACAUACAACAGGUCCAUCCUAUUCAAAUUUCAAAGAGGAGAUUAAAAUUGAAAAGAAAGAAUAGGACUUUGGUUCAACUCCUUGGUCAUGUGUCAGAACAGUACAAUAUGCUCUUCAUUCCGUUAUGUCAAUGCCUAUUUUCUUUUUUUUAAGGAGGGUUAGUUUGGUCAAUUACUAAGAAAUUCCCAUUCAUAUGUGCCUACUGCCUAGUGGUAAUGUCUAUAACUCUAUAUAACAAUAUUCUCUUGGUUUCAAAUUCAUCAAGCAGCAUUUACAUGCACUUUAAAUAUUAACGUGUUAAGAGUGGUAUUGAAGUUAUAGCAACAUACAUAUAUAGUAUCUAGAAUUAUUUGUGAUGGCUGUCAAAACCCGUUUCCAAGUGAUUAUGAUGAUGAUCACUGUGUUCCUUCUUUCAUCUUUAUGCAUCACUUUGGGAACCAAAUUAAAAGUUGUUGGAGGUAGUGGUCCAGAUUUAAGGCUUAGAGAUGCUGAGAGUAACAAAGUUAGAAUAACGGUAAGUCAAGACGGUGCUGGUGACUUCAAGACCGUUACAGAUGCUGUUAAUAGCAUCCCUCAAUGGAACAAUAGGAGAUUCAUUCUGUACAUUGCACCAGGUAUUUAUAGGGAGAAGAUAAUGAUCCCAAGAACGCUUCCUUUUGUUACAUUCUUAGGGGAUGCUAGUGAUCCACCAACCAUUACAGGGAAUGAUACAGCUUCUAUCCUUGGAAGAAAUGGAAAACCAAUUGGCACUUUCCAGAGUGCAACAGUUGCUGUCGACGCUAACUAUUUUCUUGCCAUCAACAUCAAAUUUGAGAACAGAGCUGCACACUGGAUUGGAAGGAGAGGGGAACAAGGAGUGGCGCUUCGAAUUUCAGGGACCAAAGCUGCAUUUUACAAUUGCACAUUCUAUGGCGCUCAGGACACAUUAUAUGAUCACAAAGGCCUUCAUUACUUCAACAAUUGCCUCAUUCAAGGUUCUGUUGAUUUCAUCUUUGGCUCUGGCAGGUCUCUUUACGAGAACUGCUAUCUAAAUUCCACAACAAGGAAGGUGGCUUCCAUCACAGCUCAAAAGCGAACAAAUUCAUCAAUGGAAAGUGGAUUUUCGUUCAAAAACUGCACAGUCACAGGGAGUGGCCAAGUUUUUCUUGGACGAGCCUGGGGCGAUUAUUCAACGGUUGUUUUCUCUUACACCUUCAUGGACAAAAUUGUCCUUUCACAAGGAUGGAGUGACUGGGUUUAUUAAUAAAAAAAUUAGAGAGUAUAUUAUGGAGAAUACAAGUGUAGUGGCCCUGGGGCUAAUUUGACUGGAAGAGUACCAUGGGCAAGGAUGCUUACAGAUGAAGAGGCCAAGCCCUUCAUUGGGAUUCAAUUCAUUGAAGGAGAUUCUUGGCUCAUCAGCCCCUGACCUUAUAAAUACAAUCUUCAACUCUUUCACUCAUUGGGGUCAACCCGUUUAAUUUUUUUACUAUUAUCAAGCAAAAUUAUGAGAAUGGAAGAAUGUUGAGACUUUUAAAUUAAGUUAUAAAUGAAAAUUAAACAUGAGUAGAGAAUCCAAUCCCUUUUGGAUUUUUAUGUGUUUUGCAAUGGUUCUUGUUUUAUAAAUAUCUACAUUAUUGACCUUUGACAGUUCGAGUAUAUGCAUAUUCAUUUCAUAGUGUGGAACCUUCAAUAUGUUAGUGUUACAAGACAUGAAUUUGCCUCUUGUAUUAACAAAGUAUGCCAGUUUAUGCAUGCUUCAAGGACACUCCAAGUGAAUUUUGAGGUAUUCCAAGGACUUUUGUACACUUGCCCUUCAUCUA